AUGAAGUUUGCGGAAAUACCAUAUGUAACGUCAAUAGGACUAAUUGAACCAAAAAUUACUGAGCUACAAUCUAAUAUUGAAAACAAUAUUCGCUUAGCUAUUAUUCCAUUAAAAGCAUACUGUAAAGAAUUUAAUAUCUAUUUAAGUUUAUUUAAUACAGAUGUAGAGUUAUAUGUAAAGACAUUUUUUGAUGGUAAUCCAUCACUAAGUAGAAUAAAAGAAGAAAUAUCAAUGCAAAUAAAAAUGAAGUUAAAACUAGAGAAGACAUUUCCGGAGACGAUGACUAUUGGCCUAUAUUUCAUAAGCAUUAAAUCAUUGAAACAUUCAUUAGUAAGAAAACGGAUUGAUUUAGCAGACUUAAUUAUGAAAACACAUGCGAGCUUAACAACUGAGAAAAUAGAAACAUGCUGCGCAGAAUACAAAAGAAUGUAUCUGAAGCUUACUGAAAUUCCAACAUCAAUAGAGCAAGUAUUUGAAAUAAGAGAAUGGAUAGAAACCUUGCCAAUUUUAAUCAGCAAUCAGUCUGAAAUCGUAAAACGAUUAUUUAAGGAUAUGGAAAUUUUGGAUACAUUUUUGUGGAUAUUAGAUGAUGAACAGUUAAAAUUAAUAUAUGACUCCCAAAUUUGGCCUUAUAAGAUUGAGCUAAGAAUAAAAGAGACAUUACAAAGUAUAACAACCAAUAUUGAAAAAUUUGAAAAAAUUCAAUUCGAAGAUGAAUUAUUAUUACAAGAUAAUGUUGAAUACUUAAGUAGUAUUAUUUUAAAGUUAACUAUUGAAAAUAAUUUGUCAAAAGUAAAUGAGAUUGCGGUAGAUGUAAACAAAAAUUGGAAACUGAUUAAAGACCUUCAAUUAACUAGUCAAACUUUAAACCUAAGACAACAACUUUUUGGUCAUACGGUAACACCCUUUGAAAAUGUUGAUCAUUUGGUGGACGAAUUUGAACCAUAUAAAACAUUAUGGCUGAGUGCUUCAGAGUUUUUUAAAUUACAAAAUGCUUGGUUGCAAAAUCCAUUAGCAAAUUUAGAAAAAUCUGCGCUAAUGCCUUCGUUAAAUAGUUUAUUAAACAUUGUCACAAAAUCUGUUAAAAAAUUUGCUGAAAUACCUGGUAACAAUAAUAAAUGGACUUUGAUUUUUUUUUAA